CUGCACAAGUGCAGGUCAAAGUUUGCAUCUUUCUGAUGCCGUGGAUUUCGGUGUUUAAACUUUAUACACUGUUUAUAUGGUCCACCAACUUUGAUACAAAUUCUUCAAAAUCUCUGCAACUCUGUUUCUUUUCUUUUUCUUUUCCAUUUACCAUUCAAUCUUUGAAAAUGUUGCUACCUCAAUCGCCCUUCAAAUCCCAGUCCUCUUCUCGGUUGAUAAACCUCGUCAUAAUCUCAUCUUCUGUCUUCACGCUCUUUCUUCUUGUGUCAUUCUUCCUUGUAUUUACCAGCUCCAAGCUUCCGCAUAUCAGCUACUUAUCUCAAGAUGUGUACUCCCCGCCCCCAACCUCUCUUGAGCACAUUGUGUUCGGGAUUGCUUCGAAUCAGAAGUCGUGGUCAGCUAAGAGGAAGGAGUAUGUCAGGCUCUGGUGGAAGAACCAAUCCAUGAGGGGAUGUGUGUUUCUUGAAAGCCUUCCAACUGGUCAUGAACAUCAUGCCAAUGAUACUUCUCUUCCUCCAGUAUGUAUCUCGGAGGACACUUCCCGAUUUCGUUACACUUACAGAGGUGGUAUGAGGUCUGCAAUCCGUGUGGCACGUGUUGUUUCGGAGACCGUGGCACUCAACCAUUCGAAUGUGCGGUGGUAUGUUUUUGGGGACGAUGACACAGUUUUCUUUCCGGAGAAUUUGGUGAAGACGCUUUCUAAGUAUGAUCAUAGGCUGUGGUACUACAUUGGGACAAACUCAGAGAUCUAUGAGCAGAACAGAAUUUUUGGCUUUGGAAUGGCUUAUGGUGGUGCUGGUUUCGCUAUAAGUUCCCCUUUGGCAAAAGUAUUGGCGAAGGUGUUUGAUUCAUGUAUAGAAAGAUAUCCUCAUCUCUAUGGAAGUGACUCUAGGAUCUCCUCUUGCUUGGCAGAGCUUGGCAUUGGCUUAACUCAGGAGCCUGGCUUCCAUCAGAAUGAUAUUCAUGGAGAUACAUUUGGUCUGUUGGCUGCGCAUCCACUAACACCCUUGGUAUCUCUGCAUCACUUGGAUCACAUAAACCCUGUCUUCCCCAACAUGACAACUAUCAAGGCUCUGCAACAUUUGUUUGAGGCUGUGAAUGCUGAUUCUCAGAGGGUUCUACAAAAAACAGUUUGCUAUGACAGAUGGUUUUCAUGGACCAUAUCAGUGUCAUGGGGUUAUGCUGUUCAAAUUCACGGAAACCAUAUCCUUCUGCCGCACGUCCUCCCCGUGCAAGAGACGUUCAGCCAGUGGAAAAAGGGAAGUGUUCUGUCAGGAGCUUAUACUUUCAACACAAGAGAACAUCACAAGGACCCGUGUCGAAGACCGGUUGUUUUCUUUCUGGACAAUGUGUCCUCUGCUGGGGAUGGGAUCAAGAGCAUCUACAAAAAGUCCUACGAAAAUUGCACCUCUGACAUGGGUUCGCCGAGGAAGCUGGAGGAGGUCAGAGUGUACUCACAUAAGCUAGACCUUGAUAUCAAACAGUUGCAGGCUCCAAGAAGGCAUUGUUGUGACAUAUUACCUUCUACAGGUGGAAAAGUGAUGGAUAUUGGAAUCAGAGAAUGCAAAGAUGAAGAAUUAAUAUACAUGCACCCAUAGGAGUUUUUCAUACAGGCAUAGAGCUGUAUCACAGGCAAUCCAUUACAGGCCAUUUUAUAAUACAUAUGUAAUUGAGUCUUAUAAAUCACGAAUUGUUGUAGAUGUUAGCAAACUUGAUAUUCUUAUCCCAUGUAAUUUGUAAAUUGAGGAUGACAUGUACUCGCCAUUGGAAUCUGGUUUUGAAUUCGAUCGCUUUUUGGCAUGGAGAUCUCAAGGAUCCAGAAAUCUAGGCAGGCCUAAAUUCAAGAGACAGAGAGGGUUGGAUUGGAACUUGGAUGUGAAUGCGGAUAUUAUGCAGGCAGAUACUUUUUAGGUGAUAGAGAGCACUAUCUGUGAACCCAGUUUGGCCACGUUUAAUCAAAUAACUAGGGGUAUGUCCAAUGUCUGAGAA